GGGAGGUGGAGAGAGAGAAAGCGAGCAUCUAGCGCUCACUAUGCGGGAGCUUUCCUAUGGCGUGUGACUGAGGGAGCUCGUCUGUAUAUCCCGUUUUCAUUGGGACUGAGUGAGAGCAGAGAGCAGGGGUAAACAUGGCUCCCAGCGCGCUGCACUUGUGCCUGUUCGUGAUUUACGCCGUUCAGCCGGGCUGUGGAUUUAACAUUGACGUGCGUUUCCCGGUCAUCAAGGAGGGAAAAACUAAAGGCAGUUUCUUUGGUUUUUCCGUCGCGCAGCAUGAACAGACUGAAAAGGCAAAGAAGUACCUGCUCCUGGCUGGUGCGCCCAGAGAGAAAGCUUCAUCCCGACUCAAAGUAAAUGAGACCGGAGCCGUAUAUUCCUGCCCUAUUACCACUGAUGUGACGGACUGCACCAGAGUGGAGCUCAUCACUUCAACGGACUCAUCUGAGAUGAUAGAGGGCAUGUGGCUGGGGGUGACAGUAGCCAGUCAGAGAGAGCAGCCUGGUGGACGAGUGCUGGCUUGUGGUCACCGCUAUGUAAAAAUAGUGCGCGGGGGCACGGAGGAGCAGCGGAGAAUGGUGGGCAAGUGCUUUGUCCGGGGCAAUGACCUGACAUUUGACCAUAACGACGACUGGCAGACCCACACAUAUGAAGUGUGCAACCCCAACUUUGAUAUGGAGCUGGAGGGCAUGUGCAAUAUGGGCAUCUCUGCAGGCAUGACGGAGAGUGACGUCUACAUCGGCUGCCCUGGCAGCUACCUGUGGCAGGGCAAUGUCCAUGUAACGUGGAGAGACACCAAACCGGAGAACUCUUGGGAUUACAACGUCAAAGACUUUGAGCCAAAGGACAGGCGGAACAGCUACAUGGGAUACUCUGUUACUGAACAUAAGAAGUUACUGGACAGAAAGGAGUACACUGUGGUCACAGGGGCUCCCAGAGAUGAGUCCAGAGGAUCGGUUACUCUAGCAACGAAAGGGAAGUCCAACAUUGAGGUCAAGCAGACAAUUGUAGGGGAGCAAGUGGGCUCUUACUUUGGGAGCAGCAUAGCAGUGACAGACCUCAACAAUGAUGACUGGAACGACCUGAUCGUUGGAGCACCAUUUUACUUCGACCGCUACAAGGAGCAGGGCGGAGCGGUGUAUGUCUUCAUGAAUGAGAAUGGAUCAUUUGAAAAGAAGAUAGUCCUGAAGGGUGUAAAGGAUUCAGCAUUUGGAUUAGCUGUGGCAGCUAUAGGAGACGUCAAUCAGGAUGGAUUUCAAGAUUUUGCAGUGGGAGCUCCUUUCCAUGAUUCUGGAAAGGUCUAUGUGUGGAUGGGCAGCAAGGAGGGCAUAAUGAAGGACUACAGCCAGGUUAUUGAAGGGAAGUCUGUGGGCACCGGUGGGUUCCAGACAUUUGGCUAUUCUCUCAGUGGAGGCAUGGACAUGGAUGGAAACAAAUACCCUGACAUCUUGGUUGGCUCGCUUGACGACCGCAUAGCCCUUUUGAGGGCACGUCCGGUCAUCCAUUUAUCCAGAAAUUUCAUGGUAGAGCCGAAGAUUGUUGACCCCAGCCAGUGCAAGGGUGCUUGUGUGACAGUGAAGGUGUGUUAUGCCUAUACACUGAGCAAUGGAAACCGUGACUUCAAGAACGACAUUUCUGUGAAGUACACCAUAGAGGCUGACCGUGCUCAGCGCAACCCAAGGGUCCAGUUCGUUGACACCAAGCUGAACACCUACACAGGUGUCUUGGCCUUCUCCUCCCCCACCUGCCAGGAACUCAAACUGAGUGUGAAUGAGCAGGUGAAGAACAAGCUGGAGCCAGUGGUAUUUCUGCUGAAUGUGUCCUUACACGAGCCUGAGGUCAAGGCCCAGCAGGCCCUGCAAAACCUGGAUGCGUUCCCUGUGCUUAGCAGCAAGCAAGGAGUUACUGAGAAAACUGAGAUCAACUUCCGAAAGGAGUGUGGUUCUGAUAACAAAUGCAGCAGUAAUCUACAGGUGAAGGCAGUGUUUGUGAAUGAAUCCCAAAAACCCUUCCCUAGUGAUGGUGGAAGUCAGACCAUAGAGUAUAACAGCAACAUUAAGAGGUUAACGCUACUUGUGGAGGUGACCAAUCUACCUGAGCAGGGCAGGGAGGCAGAGGACGCUCAUCAGGCAGUGCUCAACAUCACAAUCCCUCCGGCCCUGAAGUACUCCGGCUGGCGCCCACAGGACGCAGACAUUGUAUGCAGACCCAACACAACUGUGAUCUGUGAACUUGGGAACCCAUUUAAGAGCAACAAGAAGACCACUUUCAACGUUAUAUUUGAAACUUCUAUCACACUUUACACUGAUCAGAUUGAGACGCAGCUCCAGCUAUCAACUCUGAGUGAACAGAGUGAUCUGUACCCUGUGUCCGUCAUCCUCAACGUGGAGAACAAGAUCCUCACCUCAUUCUCUAUAGAGAAGCCAGUGUUGAGCACCUUUUUCAGUGGUAAAGUUGUGGGCGAGUCUGCCAUGAACACCACCAGUGACGUGGGCAGUCUAGUGGAGUUUGUUUUUAAGGUGAGUGUGGUUGGUGAACCGCUGGGAGAGUUGGGCACUCUGGUGAUGGAUUUUGAGUGGCCGUAUGAGGUGAUGAACGAAAAGUGGCUGCUAUAUCUAACAGAGAUCUUGACCAGUGGAACGUCAGAACCAAGGUGCAUUCCUGCUGGGGGAAUAGUCAAUCCACUCAACCUCAUAUUGUCAGAGAAAGGUCCCAAACGAAAUAAGCGAGACGCGGACAUUGGCCUGCUGCACACGGAUGCUACUAGGAACCCUCUUACCCCUCACAAAGAGAGCCACCUACUGAACUGCUCACAGCAAACAGCUCGCUGCGUGACCUUCUCAUGCCCCCUGAAAAACAUGUCUACUGAGGCUACGAUCAUCGUCAGAGCAAGGGUGUGGAACAGCACCAUGCUGGAGGACUAUGCUGAAGCUUUUCGAGUGACUGUUAUUGGACGUGUCACACUGAGGCUGUUGACAGAUAAACCUGCCAUCAAAAUGGACAGCGAAUUCAGAGAGUUUAUGGUCAACAUUGAUCCUGUGCCCGGAGAGGAAACGCCAUACAGUGCUCCUCUUUGGAUCUACAUCGUUGCAGGUGUAGCAGGAAUCCUUUUACUAGGCAUCAUCACCCUCAUACUAUGGAAGUGUGGUUUCUUUAAGCGGGCUAGUCGGAGGGAGAUGUACGAGGCCAAGGCUCAAAAAGCUGAGAUGAAGAUACAGCCGUCCGAGACCGAAAAGCUGACUGAGGACUACUGAGUCUGCAGGGGGGCUAACACUGGCCUCCCAGCAUGCCCUAUUGGUACCCCUCGUGUGGCUUCUUUAAGAGGGCUGUCUACUACAAGGUCAUGCCUAAGUACCACGGAGUGAAAAUACGCAAAGAAGAAAGGCACAAGUUUAGCCAGGCUUUCCGGCCCGAACGAGAACUCAACAAAAAGCUCUGGGUCACCAACUGGACAGAAAUGCGAGAAUAUUACUACUGAACAUUACUGGAAACAUGUCCUUACCCACCAGCUCAUGAUGACUGGAGGAUUUCCUUUCUUAUCUCCCAUGACAGUGACAUUUGAUAUGGGCUUUCUAAGCCUUCGCUCAUAGAACAUGAAUGGAAGUGGAGACGGAUGAACGCAUUUCUCGCGUUCCAGUGCAAUAUUGUGUCAGCUGUGUUGCAGAUGUGCAAAUGUCCUGCUGUUCCUUUAGUGAAAGUAUUGACCAGUUACUGAGAAGUGCUCUGGAACAUUCAUUGCUUGUGAGUAAUUGACUGUGGAGAUUUUCCCAAUCUUCACACUGAAAGUAUUCGUAAGAAAACGAAUGCCUUCUGCAUGGAUAUUGUUCCGUGUUGCAAGUGCCUGUGUAGCUUUACGCAUUAUGAUUCCACAUUCUGAAACUGUAGUUCUAAUCAAGUCAUGUCAUGCAGUGUAUUUAGUUUAGUGCUUGUUUGUGCCAUGUGGCAAAGUCUUUAAAGGAGCAGUUCAACGAAACAUUCACACACUUGUCCCCUUAGUCAAUCAACCAUGUUAUGUUUAGUGUGUAAAAGUUUGUUUCUUUCAUUUUGCACUGGAAGUACAAGUCUAUUGUAGCUGACAAAUAAUGGGAACUUACACCCCAACAAUUAGUGUCAUGCAAAGUGCAUGCCAAAGUCAGUACAUGGCUAAAAACAGUAUCAGCAGCCAUGUUAAACGUUAUGAGUGAUGGACUAGAUUGAGGUUAGGGGGAAAUUGUGCUAAUUUAAUUUUUGAUGAACCAUUGCUUUAAGUGUGUGAAGUAGUACAGAAUGGUGCUCACACUCCAACCGACACUGUGAGUGAUAUGCAUAAUGACUUGCAUCCAGCAUUCUGAUGGGAUUUUAUCUCAUUGUCCAUUGCAGAGCAAAGCUGACCAGCACACUAUGCUGAUUGUGAUGUAGCUGGUGCUAUAAAACUUGAUGUUUUAGCUUUAUUUUCAGAAUGAAACCCCACUCCAAAGUCAAAAGUUUGGACACACCUACUCAUAGAAGGUUUCAUCUGUUAGAAUAGUAAUGAAGACACAAAUACAAUGAAAUAACGUGGCAUUAUGCAGUGACCAAAUAGUGAUUAAAAUGCUUGGCAUUUUCUCAAGUAGCUUCAUAAGGACUUACCUCAUGUUUGAAGAAGAUGCACAUCUGCUGAGCCAUUGCUGGCUUCUGAUCGCUACUUGUUGGGUGGUGUUUAAAAAAAUCGACUUUUAAAUUGUACAUUUUGAUUUAAGAGGUAAAUUACUUUGCUGAAUUAAGAUUUAUUUCAUAUUAUGGUAUGCCAUUUCCUUGACUACUUUGACCAGUAAGAGUCAAUACACUGGAGAUUAUACUGUUUUCCAUGCAAGGUGUUUUAUAUUAGUGUUGUACCUGUCUGUAAAUAUUAAUGCACAGUGAGAUUAUUUAGUUGCAGCUGAAGUGUGAUGUUGCUUUAAAUGGAACUUUGGUACAUUUAAAAAGAAUUUUCCUCUCUUUAAAGUUUAGAUAUCUAUUAAGCCAAAACCUUGAAGACCAUAUAUCCUGCUGUUUUGCCUGUCUAGUUUUGUGAAACUAAAAUAUUUCUUAUGAUUUAUUACACCUGUAUGAAGUUUCAGAUAAAAUCACAGUGGUCCAUUAGAUGCAGUGCAGGAAUCACUUCAUUACUUUGGCAGUGAAUGGCAGGGUAAUUCAUACUGUGAGACUGCGUUUUUAAAGAUAAAUAGCUGAUGUGGUUUGAGGUCUUCUUUCUUACAGUCCUGAUACUGAUAUUAAAUGGGUUUUGUACAUAAAAGAAACUGGCAUUUUAACAUCUUUAUAGGUUGCUUCAUGUAUAGUAAAGUUUUCCUUAAGUUUUAAAGUUUGUGAUGUCCCCACACAACAUGUAUUAAUAUAAUCCUGUGGCCCUAAAAAGAAUGUGUUACACUUCUUUAGUGUCAGUGCCUACAGGCCUCUAGUCUAUGCCACACCACACAGAUGAAUCAGUAAGGUAGGUUACCAUUAAUAGCCUAUUGUUGGUGCCUAUAUACGAAUAUAAUUAGGCUUUUGAUGAAAUAUACUAGCUAAAACGCAUUGAUAACUGUUAUGUGCUGUGGUAGACAUGGCAUGUGAUCAAUUAUUAUACCACAAUGACUUUAAAAGGUAUGCCACUCUGUAUUCCACUUUAGCGAAGAAGUUCA